AUGCCUCCAGCACAGCCGUUGAAGGUCCCUGCAACUCCCUCAAAGUCCACGGAGGCCGACAAGGAGAAAACGCCUGUUGCAAACAAGCAAUCCGGACCAUCGAAAUUGGGUACAAUUGCACCAAACGACAUCUCUAGCCCUCAUGAACUCACGGCUUUUGUCGAAACUCUUCUUGAGACGCUGGAUACCAAGUUCGACGAUAUGUCGAAACAGAUCCUUGAACGAAUGAACCAGAUGUCUGAGCGCGUAGAUGCGCUCGAACUAUCGAUCCAAGACAUCAUCAACGGAGACAUCAGUGUCCCACAAUCCCCUUCGCCAGUUCCGGGGACCCCAGGUGGCAUUCGGAGGAGUGAUAGCGGAUUACAGUAG